CGAGCGAGUGACAGGUCUGUCUCGAGCGCAAGACGGCCGUAACCAGCCGUAACAACUGGCCGUGUGUAAUAGGGAGAGCGGAAUAAAAACUUAAUUUCUCGAUGCCUAGAACCGUAGUGAGUCAUCGUGAAAGUGUGAGAUCAUCGUAGAGCGACAACUGCGAGGAAAACCAUAGACAUCAUGGAAGUACUGGAUCCGAGCGUCUCUAGGGACGAUCAGCCCCUCUGUAUCAACGAUUCUCUCGAACAAGCUAACAAAUCGCAGUUUCCAGCAGACACUAAAUCAUGCAUAAAAGCACGCCAUACAUUGGGUUUCCUUGGUUUUCUCGGCUUUGCUCUUGUAUAUGCUAUGAGGGUCAAUUUAUCAGUAGCCAUUGUCUCUAUGGUUAAUCAGACAGCGAUACCACAUACUGAUGACAAUGAUACUAGCGAUGUUUGUCCUAAAACCAAGCCAAUAAAUGGGACUUUUAUACCGAGCGCAGGAGAAUUUGCUUGGGAUGAGAAGACACAAGGUAUUAUAUUAGGAGCAUUCUUCCUUGGAUAUGUCAUUACAAACGUUCCCGGUGGCAGGAUGGCUGAAAAAAUGGGAGGCAAAUUAAUUUACGGUCUGGGAGUAUUUCUGACUGCUGUUCUGACUGUGAUAAGCCCUUUUGCCGCAUACUGGGGUUUGGUACCAUUCUUAGUUGUACGAGUUGCAGAGGGAUUUACCGAGGGAGUAACAUUUCCCGCAAUGCAUAGUAUGUUAGCACAUUGGGUACCUCCGCUAGAAAGAAGUAAAUUUGCUGCUAUAGUCUACGCAGGUUCGAAUUUCGGAACUGUUAUUUCAUUACCGGUGAGCGGCUGGUUAUGCUCCUUAGAAUUAUGGGGUGGUUGGCCUCUUGCAUUUUAUUUAUUUGGAGGACUCGGUCUGAUGUGGUAUGCGUUCUGGUUGAUAUUCAUAUACGAUACUCCUGCGCAACAUGCGAGAAUUGAUCCUUCUGAAAAGGCGUAUAUUGAAGCUAGCGUUGAGAAAAAAGACGAGGAUGAUGAUCUGGGAGUACCAUGGUUCUCUGUCUUCACCUCUCUGCCUAUAUGGGCCAUUACUAUUACGCAGUGCGGGCAAUCCUGGGCCUUUUACACUCUCUUGACCGAGCUGCCGACUUAUAUGGACAAAAUUUUGCAUUUGAAUGUACAACAGAACGCAUUUCUUUCGGCGUUGCCUUACUUGAGCGCCUGGUUAGUAGGACUCGGCAUCUCGAGCUUCGCAGACGCUCUUCUCGCUCGUCGAAUGAUCUCGCCUUUGGCUUCAUUUAAAUUAUGGAACACGGUGGCCUCAUUGGGGCCCAGUCUCAGUUUUUUGGGUGCUAUCUGGGCUGGAUGUGACCGCAUGACGGUGAUGCUGAUGCUUGCCGGACCGGGCUCUCUUCAGGGCGCGGUGUACGCCGGAAAUCAGAUGAAUCAUAUCGCGUUGGCGCCACGUUACGCGGGUACCUUGUACGGAUUGACAAAUGCAGCAUCAAAUGCAUGCGGUUUCUUGGCGCCAUACGUUAUUGGCAGUAUAGUACAAGGACAUGAAACUCUUGCACGUUGGCAUAUGGUUUUCUGGAUGGCAGCGGGAAUAAAUAUGGCUACUAAUUGUUUCUACUUGAUGUUUGCAUCUGCCACUGAACAGCCGUGGAGUAAAGGCGGAAGUUGAUGACAAGGUCGCAUUAGAGGUGCAAUAUUAAAUGUGGAUAAUAAUGUAUUGUUUAAUCAUGUUGCACACAGUACAUUUUAAUUUGGCUAAUUCUAUAAUUCAGUGUAAGUAUUACUAAUUAUUUUCUCUAAUUUUUUAAUUAUUUUAAUUAUUUUCUAAAAUUCUGCUCCAGUAUUAAUUGUGAGGCAAUGUAUAGAAUGAUAAAUGAUGAUUGAGUCUCGAUAUUAUCGAUUGAUUCCGACAAAUGACGUAGAUAAGUGUGCUCUGUGACAGACGAUUGGGAUUGAUUUACAUAUAUAUUCCUCCCCCAUUUUGUUUCGCCACUUUAUCGAUACAAUCACAGUACAUGUUGGAUACAUGUGAAAAUAUCUGCAAUCCCAUGAAGAGAAAUUAAAUAGAUAUAAAUUAUUAACAUUUACACGACGUGCGCUUUAGGAGAUACCGCGAUCGAUGGUGUAGCCAAGAAGAAGAUGAUUCUAUAAAUAUGUGCAAAAAUAAGCAUGGUCGAAAAUGUAGAACAAAAUUAUCAAUUUAUAAAUUUAUCCGUUUAGUUUUGCACAUAGAAUUAUUUUUAUCGGCUGUACCAUCAGUUACGAAACAUCGAUGGACGCAGAUAGAGAAAGCAUUUAAUUUUAAAAAUAUAUGCAAGUUAUGUAUAUGUGAUAACUUGCUGAAAAGCAAUGGAAAGAAUUAUAUUUUUUUAUUUGUAAUAUUUAAAAAAAAGAUCUUUGUUGUUACCUCUAAAUAUUUUAAGAUCGAAUUACUUUAAAAUUGAGAAGGUAUUAUUUAUUUAUAAUACCAAAGUAUAAGAGAAGCUACUAUAUUAAUAUAAGUGAAAUUUAUCUAUCCAGUCUUAAUAUAUCAUUGACAUAUAUAUUUCUAAUAGUAAAAGGAAUGCAUAAUAAUAUGUGCGAUAUAAACAAAUAAAUGACUUGGUCGUUGAACAGAGAAGAUUAAUUACAUAUGUAAUUCUUCAUAUAUCAAAUUUUGUUCUAAGUACCAAAAAUGAGAUAAAUAGAAAUCAUUAGCGAUUGUAUCUAGCAUGACGAAAAAGUAAUCGUAUGAAAUAAUAUAUUAUGUAUAUUAUACAAUACAUCUUCAAUCUACCUAACAAUCUUUCUAAAAAUAUACGAAAAUUUGUUUAAUGGUA